AUGUCGGGCUCUUUUUGGAAAUUUAGUAAUGGACUUUCGUCAUUGUCAAACAUAUCGACCCUUUUAGAAAAUCAUACAAAUGAUCAAGAAUCAAAUAAUUCUUCGAAUUCUCAGACAUAUGAUUUAUUAUUGAAAUUGAUGGAAGAAAAUGAUUUGUUACAAGAAUUGUUGUCCAAUAAUUCUAUGUUAUUAGAAUUUUUGAGGGAGGACGAAGUUUUGAGCUUAUUAGUUGAUUUAGUUGUUGAAGAAGGAAACAUUGACGAUUCUUUAAGCACAGAUGUGAGUAAAUUGAAAUUGUACACCAAGGAGUCUGAUUCAAGAAUCGAGGAGAAAGAAAAUGGCAAGGAUAUACCUACAGGAAAUAAGACAAAUGACAAGAGGGACACUUUAGGCAAGAAGGCGCACGAUAUUGAUAAUGUCGAAGAAAAGAAACACGAAAAAGAUGAUGAAGACGUGAAACAGGAUGAUGAAGAUGAUGAAAACGAAGAAGGUGAAGAUGAUGACGACGAGGAAAAUGCAGAAACCGACACCGAGACUGAUGAAGACAGAGCAGUUCGUCAUGCGACGUUAGCAGCGGAAAUCUUGAGUGCUGAUGUGUGGUCGUUGACAGACACUGUUAUGGAAUCCACUGAGAACUUGAAUAAGUUAUGGUCAGUUUUGGAUUCAAAAAAGCCUCUUUCGAUCAACUUGUCAACUUACUUCAUGAAAAUUAUGGAGCAUUUAUUAGACAUGAAAUGUGACGAGAUGAUUACAUAUCUUAUAGAUAACCAACCUAAUUUGGUAAAGAAAUUUAUAAAUCACUUAUCGAAUCCACCUUUGAUGGAUUUCCUUCUUAAGUUAAUCUCAACUGAUAAACCUGAUAACUCAACAGGAAUUAUUGAUUUCUUGCAGAAUCAAGAUUUCAUCACGCAUUUAAUUAAUUCGCUCGAUAUUACUGGUGAUGAGAACGCAUCAGAGAAUUAUGACAUUUUGUUAGUCAAACAGUCAUCUGCAGCAGAUUUUUUAAAGGCGUUAAUUACCAUUUCAGCUAAUUCAACAACAGAUAACUCAACUAUUGGACCUAAUGAAUUGACACGAGAGUUAGUUUCGUAUGACCAAAUGGACCGUUUGUGUAAAAUAAUGUUAAAAGGUGGUUAUGCCUUAGCUAAUGGUGUCGGUAUUAUUAUAGAAAUAAUCAGGAAAAACAAUUCGGACUAUGACAUUUUGCCUGUUUUAUAUAUUACUCUAGAAAGUCACCCUCCUACUGGUAGAGACCCGAUCUACUUGGGUCACUUGCUUACGAUAUUUGGCAAUAAAAUUGAAGAUUUCAAUAAAUUAUUAAUGAAUGAAAACAGCAGCACAAAUUCCAUAUUAAAAACUCCAUUUGGUGAAAUAAAACCGCUAGGAUUUGAAAGGUUUAAGAUUUGUGAAUUGAUAGCCGAAUUAUUGCACUGUUCAAAUAUGGCAUUAUUGAAUGACAAUAAGGGUUUUGACGUCGUUAAGGAGCGAGAUAUAUUGAGGAAUAAGAUGAAAGAGUUUGAUCCUGUUAGCUUCAAAUACAACGAAGUUAUUGUCUUGCCUAAUGAUGAAAGUGGUAAUGACAAUAAGACAGAUAGUGAAAAUAAUAAUGACGCGAAGAAUUCUCGUCAUAACAAUGAAGAUGAUGAUUUCGCUAAUGAUACAAUAGAUUCAUUUAACUCUAAACUCAAUCCUGAUAAUGACACCAUGAUUCAAUAUCAAAAUCCAGAUCAAGACGACGAAGAAGAACCUCAUGCAAAUGCAAAUUUGUCAGAAGAACAAAUAAGAGCAAACCCUGUUAUUGGUGACUUCUUAAAAAUAUCGUUAUAUGAUACACAGAUUAUUUCCAAUAUUUUAUCAAUGUUUUUUCAAUUCCCAUGGAAUAAUUUCUUGCAUAAUGUUGUUUUCGAUAUAGUGCAGCAAGUAUUGAAUGGUUCGAUGGAUAUUGGAUUUAAUAAAUUUCUUGCGAUUGAUUUAUUUCAUUAUGGUGAUAUUACGAACAAAAUUAUUGAAGGUCAAAAGCUUUGCACUGAUUUUGAAGAUAACCACAAUGGUUUGAGACUAGGCUUUAUGGGGCACUUAACUUUGAUCGCUGAGGAAGUGGUGAAAUUCAUUCAAUUAUACCCUACGCAUACCUUGAGUGAAUUAAUUGACGCUAAGGUUGAAGAUGAAAUUUGGGAGGAAUAUGUUAGUCAUGUAUUAUAUGAUACAAGAGAGAAGUAUAACGCAAUUUUAGGUGGUGGUGAAGAAGAUGAAGAGGACGAGGAUGCAUCCAACACCUUUGAUGAAGGUACUGGUGAAAUAAUUGAGCAAAAUGAUUUCAAACCAGGCUUACUUCUUGAUCCAAAAACUGACCAUGAUAUAAUAGGAAGUGGUUUUGAAGAGAGUAGCAAAGACGAUGGACAUUAUGAAGAGGAUAAACACCAUGAGAAUGCAGAUACAAUAAAGUCAAAUUCAAGUGACGAAUCGUCUGAAGAUGAUGAUGACCAUUUCACAAACUACAUGUCACAACAACUUACAAAUACAGCGUCUACAGAAAUCCUGUCUUCGGUCAAAUCUCCGAUCGACGAAGAGUCUUCUGAAAAGAAAAAUUUACUCAAAAAAGUUCCAGGUGAUAUAAAUAUUCAACCCGACAAUGAUGAAAUGGAAACAGAUGAAUAUAUUGACCCCAAUGAUGAUGGUUUAUCGUAUAAGAAAUCACACCCUCUAUAUGAUGCCAAGGGAUCAUUACUCAGUGCGUCCAGUCGUGAAGAUGAUGAAAUAUCUAGUGAAGAUUCUAGUUCCAGUUCGUCCGACAGCGAUGAUGAAAUAAUUCUUGAUGAUGAUAACGAAAGUAAAGUUAAUGAGAAGGGGACUAGCGGUAAUAAAUUAUCUAGAUCUGCAAGUAGAAGUUGA